AUGUCAUUGAUGAUAAAAAAAAUUAUACAUUUAUUUUCGAGUCAGGAAAUAAAAUGUGCCUAUGUCUGUCUGGUGACCAUAGCUUUCCUAAUAACCCAAGCUCUUCCUUUAGCCCUUUCAUCUCUAAUUCCAGCUUUGUUAUUUCCCAUGGUAAGUGUAUUGACGGUUAAAGAAGUAUCAUCAGUCUACUUUAAGGAUCCUAUUCUAUUAUUCUUCGCAUCUGUCAUAUUGGCUAAAGGUAUCCAAUCGGCCAAUUUGCACAAAAGAAUAGCCCUAAAUUUGUUGAUGUAUUCGGGUUCUAAGCCUAUAUGGAUGGUCUCGGGAUUCAUAAUGUCGACAUUUUUUAUAUCCAUUUGGAUAAAUAACUCGGCUACCGCAGUUUUGAUGGCACCAGUUGCUAUUGGGGUAAUGGAAGAAUAUAAUAAAUUCAAAAAAGUUUCGGUGGUCAAUAAAGUCAUUGCGAUUUCUUCGAAACACGAAUUGUUUAACGAAAAAGAAAACGAACAAACGCGAGUUAUCAUCAACGAUAUCAAAGAUAAAGAAGAUUUAAGUGAUUCCAACUCCAGCUUGUCAAAGAACGAUGAUGAAUUGCAAAACCUUCACAAGUGUAUCUUUAUAGGGAUCGCUUAUGCUUGCAAUAUAGGUGGAACGGCAUCCCUAACUGGCACACCUCCUAAUUUGAUAAUGACCGGAUUUUUAAAUGUAGAAACAUUUCGGCAAAUGGGAAAUAAGAAAUUUAAGGACGACCCUAGAUCGUUCAUCAGAGAACAACUAAAGGGAUUAGGAAAAAUUAGGCAAAAUGAAAUCACAAUUUUAUGCUUAUUUGUCACGCUAGUCGGUUUGUGGGUUUUGAAGGACCCAAGAUUUAUUUCAGGAUGGCAAGUUUACUUUGAAAAAAAAUAUGUCUCUGAUGCGACGCCCGCGCUACUAAUGGCUUUUCUACUAUUCAUACUACCAACCGAUUUUAGGUCCGUGCUUUUCAUCAAAGAUGAUAAUGGAGAGAUUCCUGAUUAUCAACCUUUGUUAAUAUGGAGAGACAUUUAUCGUGAUUUGAUGUGGGAUAUCAAUUUGUUAUUAGGGGGUGGAUUAGCUAUGGCAGAUGGAUUUGAGAAAUCCGGGCUCUCAAAAUUGCUGGUAAAAUACUUAGACGUAUUUCGUUUAUUUCCAAAGCAACUUCUCGGCCUUACAUUUUCUAUUUUAACUUCCUGUGUCACUGAAAUGCUCAAUAAUAUUGCCACAGCUAGCAUAUUGCUACCGAUAAUAUCCGAAAUAGCUCUUAAUAUCAAAGUUAACCCUAUAUACUUUAUGUUCCCCGCUACAUUGUCUGCCUCUUACUGCUUCAUGCUACCUAUUGGAACUGCUCCUAAUGCGAUUAUCUAUUCGGCCGGAAAAUUGAAAUUUUUUGACAUGGUGAAACCGGGCAUAGUAGUACAUUUAAUAUGUAUAGUUGUGACUUAUGUAUUUAUCAACAGUUAUGGAAUAUUGGUAUUAAAAGUGAAUGAAUUCCCAGAUUGGGCUAUUUCAAAUAAAACAAAAUUGUCAAAUUUUACCACUUUUGAAAAUAAAUUGGGAGAAAUAGGACACCAACAAGCAGUUAUUCGCAUACAACCGAACGCAUUACCGAUAGAUUUACCAGCAAGAAAAGUUCCAAUUCCGUUGCGUCAAGCGGUUAAAGCGGAGUUGGUUAGACUUUUAGAUGAAGGCGUUAUCGAAAAGGUGAUCUAA